UUCUGAACAACCAACCAGUAUCAUGUCAUACAGAGAUGUGUCACUAUUAAUUCAGCUGAGUAAAUUCAUCACCAGACACCAUACCAUGUUCCUUUCUGCACCUACUUCCCCACAUGUUCAAAUUUAUCAAUAUUCUUAUUGAGGCAACUAAUUAAAGGGUCAUCAUUUGAUUUUCUUUUUCUUCUUCCUCUUUAUUUAAAGGAGACUACUACAUUCAAUAGGCUGCAGAAAACAAAAAAAAAAAUAAUAAAGGUAGUAGGACAGUUUUAUAUAUGCUCCCUGUAGGAAGUUAUUAUAGAAGUUGAAGACUUAUGCUGCUGAUUAAUGAUCAUCAAUAUGGCCUCAUUCAAUAAGCAUUAUCAUGAGCUGAAAGUUGUAUUCAUUUUUGCUCUUUUAUGUUAUCCUCAUGUUACAGUGAUUACAGAUGGUGGAAAUGUUUCAAACUGGCCGGGAAAGGAGACAAGAGGAAUGAAGGUAGGAUCAAGGCCACCAAGGUGUGAAGGAAAAUGCUCGAAUUGCAGGCCUUGUGUUGCUACAUUAAUAGCUCCUGGUCAUCAAGUCAAGAAAGUUACCAUUUCUUCCUCUAAAGAAGAUGGCACUUAUUAUCUUCUUGCAUGGAGAUGUAAAUGUGCAAAUAAGCUUUUCCAACCUUGAAAAAACUAAGUUCAUCUGUUUAUUUUUAUUAUAUAUAUUGAGGUUUUGGCUCAUUCAAGUGUGUAGAGUUUCCUGGAAUUAAUGACCAAAUUUAAUGUAUAUAUGUCAAUAUUAAUGCU